AUGGCUCCGCCACUUCUUCAGCUCGCCAUCGUCCUCCUCCUCGCGACGACCUCCGUCUCGCCCGCAGCCUCGGUGGUGUUCCCGAAGGAGGCGCUGCCGACCAGCUCCGGCUACCUCCCCGUCGACCCGGCCACCAACGCGUCCCUCUUCUACGCCUUCUACGAGGCCACCGACCCCGUCACCGCACCACCUGCCACGCCGCUGCUCCUCUGGCUGCAGGGCGGCCCGGGCUGCUCCGGCCUGCUGGGCGACCUCUUCGAGCUCGGCCCCUACCUCGUCACCCCCGACGGCGCCUCCCUCUCCCGCAACCCCUUCGCCUGGAACCGCCGCUUCGGGCUCCUCUUCCUCGACAGCCCGCUCGGCACCGGCUUCAGCGCCGCGCCCUCCCCCGCCCACAUCCCAACCAACCAGUCCGUCAUCGCGGAGCACGUCCUAGCCGCGCUGCAGUCCUUCUUCGACGCCAGGCCGUCGUCCUUCCGCGCGCGCCCGUUCUUCCUCACCGGCGAGAGCUACGCCGGCAAGUACGUCCCCGCGGCGGCGUCGCGCAUUCUCGCCGUGAACCCAGGUCUUCCGGCGGGGCGGCGCAUAAACCUGCUCGGCAUCGCUAUCGGCAACGGGCUCACGCACCCGGUGGCGCAGGUGGCCACGCACGCCGACUCGGCCUACUUCACGGGCUUCAUCAACGCGCGGCAGAAGCGGGAGCUGGAGGCGCUGCAGGCGGAGGCGGUCGCUCUCGCCGAGGCAGCGCGGUGGCGGGAGGCGUCGGACGCGAGGGGGAGGGCGCUGUCGUGGCUGGAGAACGCGACGGGGCUCGCCACGCUCUACGACUACGCCAAGCAGAGGCCGUACGCGUCGGCGGCCGUCGGGAAGUUCGUCAACAGCGCGGUGGUCAAGGCGGCGCUGGGCGCGCGGCCGGACGUGGUGUGGGAGGAGUGCAACGGCAUGGUGAGGGCGGCGAUGCACGAGGACAUGAUGAAGAGCGUGAAGCCGGAGGUGGAGGCGGUGCUGCUCCGGGGGCGGACGCGCGUGCUGCUGUACCAGGGCAUCCGGGACCUCCGGAUCGGCGUGGUGCCGACGGAGGCGUGGCUGAAGGAGCUGCGGUGGAGCGGGCUGCGCGCGUUCCAGGACGCCGAGCGCGCCGUGUGGCGGAUUCCUGGAGAGGGCGGGGUGGAGGAGCUCGCCGGGUACGUGCAGCGGUCGGGGGUGCUCACGCACGCCGUGGUGUACGGCGCCGGGCACCUCGUGCCGGCGGACAACGGGCGCGCCGCGCAGGAGAUGAUCGAGGACUGGGUGACGCAGACGGGGCUGUUUGGCCACAGCGGCCGCGGCCUGGGAUCGCUGGCCGGCGUUCGGAUUGAGACGGCAAGUUGA